CUGUCCCAUCCGAUUCAAAGAGAUGAGCCGGGAAAUGCGGAAGCCUAAAACGGAACCUGUGGAUUUAGAGGAGGAGGAAAAAGGAGCCCAGGGAGAACUUUUGCGGCCCGAACAGCGGCUGGAGGAGGGACAGCUUGGAGACACGGCCGGGGAAAACGAAGAACCGGGAGCAGCCCUCUCGGCAUCCAGUUUGUCCGUGAUGCAGCCAACCGUAGAGACGUCCGAAAUCAUUGACGAGUUACUCAAGGAGGACGGGUUUGAGCUGGGCUCCGCAGCACUUCCGCUCCAGGUCCCCAUGAACGGGCUGGCCAAUCUGAUCCGCGGGUGCUCCGGGUUAGCAUCUCCGACCGGGGUGCUGAGACCCAUCGAGCCAAUGGGGACAAGCCUUUCGCAGUUGGGCUUGGAGCCUUUCGAGACGUCCAGUUUCUCCUCCUCUCCAGUCUUGCUAGACUCCUCGGCCUCCCAACUCUCUCAAAACCUCCAUCACUUGACGCUGGUUCCCAGGGGGACGACCUCUCACCCCUCGCCCCUUAGCAGCAGGCGCCCGGAGAUUUCUUGGCCCUCUCCCUCUUGUCCCCCGGUGGAGGAGGAUGUCCGGCCGCCCCCGAAGCUCAUGAUCACAGAGCAGCCCAAACAGCGAGGGAUGCGCUUUCGGUACCAGUGUGAAGGCAGGUCCGCAGGAAGCAUCCUUGGGGAAUGCAGCACCGAAACCAACAAAACAUUGCCUGCCAUUGAGCUGCAGAACUUUGAGGGGAACCCGGAAGUGAAGGUGACGGCCUGCUUGGUGUGGAAAGACCGACCUCACCGGAUCCACCCCCACAGCCUGGUGGGGAAGGACUGCCACGACGGGCUGUGUGAGGUGACCCUGAAGCCCCGAAUUAACCCUAAGCACAGUUUCAACAACCUUGGGAUCCAGUGCGUCAAGAAGAAGGACAUUGAGGAAUCCAUCGACAGGAAGCUGCAUCUGGGGAUCGACCCUUUUAAAGCCGGCUCUUUGAAGAACCACCAAGAGGUCGACAUGAACGUGGUCCGCAUCUGCUUUCAGGCUUCCUACCAGGACGCCUCGGGAGAGACGCGGCGUCUCAGUCCUGUCCUAUCGGAGCCAAUCUUUGACAAGAAAUCCACAAACACAUCGGAGCUGAAGAUCUACCGGCUGAAUAGGGAGUACGGAUCCUGCGCAGGUGGAGAGGAACUCUAUAUGCUGUGUGACAAAGUCCAGAAAGAAGAUAUCUCCAUAGUCUUCCGGAAGGACUCGUGGGAAGCCAAGGCUGAUUUUUCCCAAGCGGAUGUUCACCGCCAGGUGGCCAUUGUCUUCAAGACACCGCCCUACCAGCACCUGGACAUUGUAGAGCCGGUUGAAGUGGAAGUGUACCUGAGGCGCUUGACGGACAGUGUCUCCAGUGACCCCUUCAGUUUCCUGUACCUGCCCAAGGACAACGAUACAUACAGAGUGAACAAGAAGCGGAAACAAGGCAUGCCGGAUGUCUUGGAGGAGCUCUCUGGCCCAGAUCCUCACGGGAUUGAAGCGAAGAGGAAGAAAAAGAAGCCUGGCUACAUGGACUAUUUCGGCAUGGCCCCAGCAACAGCUGGCCCCAUGACCCACCUGGAAGACGAGAACUACCCGUACACCUUGGAGCACAUCACGUUGCCGCCGGCCUUCGAGGACUAUAGCCUGCUCCCCGACUUCUCUUCUUAUGCCAGCCCCAGCUUGAGCGACGUUCUGCUGCCCGGCGCCAUGGACCUCCCUGAUGAGGCAGACCACGAGUUGCUCCUAGACUCUUACGCCCUCCACCCCGGCCUCUCUGCCCCUCUCCCGCUCUCUGGGGAGAGCGAGCCGGAAGGCGUGGCCAGCCUGGUAGGAAGUAGCCUGUUUCCCAGCCAGUAUAAAGAGGCCGAAGCCAAGGCGGAAAUGGAGGCCAAGCUGACGGCAGCAGGCACUUUGGGGAACUUGUGAAGGAUCGUGGCCCGCCGAAGCCUCUCCCGGAAGAGGCCUAACGCUCCAUUUUGAACCGUACUGACCAUGGUGAGCUGCUCGGUAGAGAGACCGGGGAAUGCAUUCCCUGCUGGGAAUCCGAAGGGAAGAAUUUUGCUGUGAUCUGUCUGAGGGACCCUUGUCUCUGUGCGGACGCAGGCAAAACGCAAACCAGAAGGAAAAAAUUGCACUACUAGUGAAGUGGGAGAGGAAAGGCAUUACCUGUAAAGGUCAGACCAGGACGGCCUGAAUUUGCUCUCCCGGGAUGUCGUCUUCGAUUUUCUCUAUCUGUAGAAUGGGCCAGUGAUACUGCCUUAACAAAGCUGAUUGGGAUGCUGGGCAAAAUGUUGACCUUGUAGGAGGAGGCAAGAUUUCUUCCUCCUGGUCCCACCCACACGUUUAGUCCUCCCCCUGACCUUGCUGCAAGAGCAAUCGUGGUCCUGUGAUCUCCAACUCCUUCUGCUCCAGUCUCGUCACUGAGAUUUUCCCUCCUUUUAUUUUACACCAUGGAGUAUUUUAACUUCGUGGAGGUCCAAGGCCGACAAUGCCAUCUCAGCAAACUGCUCGUCUCUUUAGGUUGGUCACCUCCACUCUUUUUGACGCCCAGUGCCUCUUUCCGAAUCUUCACAUUGGAGAUCUUUUAAAAAUGACUGAAGUUUUUAACGUACAAUGAAUUGCUUUUGUAUUCUGG